ACGCACAGCGUCGAGAAACGCCAAUAUAGCCAUCACCGACAAACAAACAGCCGCAAUACAAAUAGGUGGUCCCACAAGAGAAGCCCACGUGUACCCUGACGCAUUCACUGGGCUGUGAGUUCAACAAAUCCCGAUCAUCUCUUUUGUUACUUCUCUCAUCAUCAUUCAAAUCAUAACGAACUUGUCACAGUAGCCGAAACGCAAAAUCUCCACUCUCACUCUCACUCCAAUGCGAUUCUUUAAUUAUAGAUCUGAGAAGUGAGAUCCAUACGCUCUGGUAUUUUCAAUUUUUGAAAAUGAAGCCCAUCGGAAAUGUGGAGUUCCUCAAAACCUCAGUGAUUCUCAAGAUCUCAGCCUUCUUCGUCGUCGCGGCCACGUUCUUCUACUUGGGCAAGCACUGGUCCGAUGGCUACCCGCAGCUCGUCUACUUCACUACCACGCGCCAAGCCCCUUCGGUCGCAAUCUCACCCAACGACGACAAGCUGUUUAACCUCUCCGCACUCGUCGAUCAGAACCAAACCCUAGCCCUAGCGCCCCCAACUCCGAGUCCGCCUCCGCCAUUGCGGCGGUUCGGAAUCGUCGAUGAAAAUGGAACCAUGUCGGACGAAUUCGAGGUCGGGGAGUUUGAUGAGGGUUUGGUGGAGGAUUGGAGGAACGAGACGAAGACGGAUGGUAGUGAUGGUGAUGGUGAUGGUGAUGGUGGUUCGUCGUCUAGCGUUAGGGUUACGAAGUUUGAGCUAUGUCCGAAGAGUAUGGGCGAGUACAUUCCUUGUUUGGAUAACAAGGAGGCGAUUCGGAGGCUGAAAUCUACGGCGAAAGGGGAGCACUUCGAGCGGCAUUGUCCCGAGGAAGGUCGGGGAUUGAAUUGCUUAGUUCCGGCACCGAGUAAGUACCGGACUCCAAUUCCGUGGCCGAAAAGCCAGGACGAGGUGUGGUUCUACAAUGUUCCUCAUACUCGUCUAGUUGAAGAUAAAGGGGGACAAAACUGGAUUACCCGAGAGAAGGAUAAGUUUAAGUUUCCGGGUGGCGGUACACAGUUUAUACACGGGGCAAAUGAGUACUUGGAUCAUAUAUCUAAGAUGAUCCCUGAAAUUGCAUUUGGUCAUCAUACCCGAGUUGUUUUAGAUGUUGGGUGUGGUGUAGCUAGUUUCGGUGCCUAUUUGCUAUCACGGAAUGUCAUCACUAUGUCCGUUGCUCCCAAAGAUGUUCAUGAAAACCAGAUUCAGUUUGCUCUUGAGCGUGGUGUGCCAGCAAUGGUGUCAGCGUUUGCAACUCACCGCUUGUUGUAUCCAAGUCAAGCUUUUGACAUGAUACAUUGUUCGCGAUGUAGAAUCAAUUGGACUCGUGAUGAUGGAAUAUUACUGCUUGAGGUCAAUAGGAUGCUCCGCGCUGGAGGAUACUUUGUUUGGGCAGCUCAGCCUGUUUAUAAGCAUGAAGAAAUCCUGGAAGAACAGUGGAAAGAGAUGCUUAAUCUUACAACUCGUCUCUGCUGGGAAUUUGUGAAAAAGGAUGGAUAUGUAGCAAUAUGGCAGAAACCCUUUAACAACAGCUGUUAUUUAAACCGUGAGGUGGGAACAAGACCUCCACUGUGUGAUCAAGAUGAUGAUCCUGACAACGUCUGGUAUGUUGAUCUGAAGGCGUGCAUCACUCGACUUCCAGAGAAUGGGUAUGGAGCAAAUGUUACCACAUGGCCUGCACGCUUGCAAACUCCACCCGAUAGGCUUCAGAGCAUACAAAUUGAUGCCUAUACUUCAAGAAAGGAGCUCUUCAAGGCAGAAUCAAAAUACUGGAAUGAGAUAAUAGAAAGCUAUGUUCGUUCUUUACACUGGAAGAAGAUUCGAUUAAGAAAUGUAAUGGACAUGAGAGCUGGCUUUGGAGGAUUUGCUGCGGCAUUAAUGGAACAAAAUUUUGACUCCUGGGUUAUGAAUGUUGUUCCUGUUAGCGGGCCCAACACCUUGCCAGUUAUAUAUGACCGAGGACUUAUUGGAGUUAUGCAUGAUUGGUGUGAGCCAUUUGAUACAUACCCAAGAACCUAUGAUUUUUUGCAUGCAGCUGGCCUUUUCUCUAUCGAGAAAAAAAGAUGCAAUCUCUCUUCAAUCAUGCUUGAGAUGGAUCGGAUACUGAGACCUGGUGGACGUGUAUACAUCCGUGACGCUCUUUCCAUCAUGGAUGAACUUCAAGAGAUUGGAAAGGCAAUCGGCUGGCAAAUCACAGUGCGAGAUACAUCUGAGGGUCCUUAUGCAAAUUAUAGGAUCUUUACUGCUGAUAAACACCUCUUGCGUGGUUGAACUGGUGGAGAUCACCAACCUUAUUGUUUCUUUUCCUGCUGAUCCCUCUGACGGGAGGAUAGGCAACCGGACUAUUGUUUCUCUAACAUGAUGGUCUUAGAAGCAUUGGAAAGAAGAUGAUUAUUAUUGGCAUCAGGUACACUCAGAUCACAUUGUGAUUUAUGAGACUAACCAUGUGUCGGACACACAUGCUGGAAGCAAUAUAUUGGCAGGCAUUUCGACUUAUAGUACUAAAUAUUGGUCCAAUUAACUGCAGCGCGGCAGGCAACUUACCUGUAAAACACCAUACAUGGUACAUCUAAGUUUUUUGAGCUACAACAUUUGUCAUAUUGUUUACCCAGAUAAAAGGGAUUCACGCAAACCUUCUAUAGUUCAUUUGUUUAUGUUCAAUUUGUUGAUUAUUGUGUACACAGGUUCUAAUAUCUGACUUUGACUUUCAUCUU